AUGGUGGGCGGACGCGGACGAUGGGUGGGAUUAGGCGCGGCGGCGCCGGAGGCGGAUGGUUCGAGUCGAGAGGUGGACGCGAACGCGAUGGGUGGACGAGACGAGGUGCGGGAGGUGCGGGAGGACGUGAGCGAUGCGGAGGUGAAGGAGAUGCGGUAUGCGCUGGCGACGGAGGAGAAGGAACGAGAAGAACGCGAGGCCCAGGCGAAGGCGCUCGCGGAGCAGGCGGUGCUGGCGACGGAGGCGUACGAGAAGGACGAGGAGUUGGCGCAGAGCGCGAUGAACAGCGCGCAGGAGAAACAAGCGGCGGUUUUAGAGGCGGUCACGAAGUCGGAUGCGUGGGCGACGCGGCUGGCCGAGGUGACGGCGUUCGUCGAGGCGGAGCGCGCGGGCGCUCGAGCGCGAGGCGAGAACGAGGAGGAAGUUUUGAACAGCGCCACGUGCACGAUUGGACCUGAGAUGUCGUGGUGUGAUGAAGAUUCUACAUCCUUAGCGGAUGCGUUGGUGCGCGCGCGGGCGUCGUUUGAGACUGCGGAACAAACGCGCAAAGAGUUGGAAAUCGAGUUGGAGAACGCCGAGACAUUCGCCAAGGAAGCCGCCGACGCGGCCAAGCGAUCCAAAGAGCUCGCACGAAUCGCGCACGAGAGCGCCGAUAAGGCGAUGGAGAAGGUGACUGCGAAGAUGGAAGCCGUCGUCGCUCUCAAUGAAAAGUUGAAGACGAUGGAGAUAAAGAUCGGCGAACAGCAAGCGGAGACGCUCAUCGUGCCCCAAGAGGGCGACGCCGUGGCCGCCAUCGUUCUUUCGCCGGAAGCGUUACUGAAGAAAAAGCAGGAUCUCAAGAAUGAGGUCAAGCAAGAUCUCGCCGAAAAACGAGCCGCGAAGGACGAGGACUCGGAUGAUGAGGGCUCGAGCGAGUCGGCGAAGAAGUCAAACCAGUUUGCCUCCGCUGGCUAUUUCUCUGCGCCGAAGGUGACCGGAGACGUGGACGCGAGUCUUUUGAAAAAGAUCGUGACGGCCAUCAUGCUUUUCUCCGCCGCCACCUUGAUGCUCCCGACGUCUCCGAUGAAGGCGAUUCGCACGCAGAUCUACACGUCUAUCGUGAGCGUGCGAGACACUGUCGGCGCCUCUAUAAAUGUAGUUCAAAAGGGUGCAACGUCUGCGUAUGAACGCAUUAUUCCGGAAGAUGAGAGGAAAACCAUCGCACACGCGACGGAGGAAGCCGAGGAAACCGGUAUGACGGAUGUGCUCUGGCUCCUAUUUGCGUCCGUCUUCGCGGUGACCAUUGUGAGCAAAAUUCCGGGCGGAUCUCCCGUGCUCGGAUUUCUUCUCGGUGGCGCCAUCAUCGGUCCGUUUGGGCUCGGCAUGAUCCAUCAUGUUUCAAGCGUGAAAGUUCUCGCGGAGUUUGGCGUCGUCUUCUUACUUUUCAACAUCGGUCUCGAGCUUUCGUACGAACGUCUUGUGUCCAUGGCGAAAUUCAUCUUUGGCCUGGGGAGCGCGCAGAUGUUCUUGACCACCGCUGUGGGCGCUGCCGUCGCCGUCGCGUGUGGCCUAGCAGUACCCGCGGCUGUCAUCGUCGGUCUGGGUCUGGCGUUUUCUUCCACUGCCGUCGCGCUUCAAGUUCUCGCUGACAGAGGUGAGUCUGCGAGCCGACACGGUCGCGCAACGUUCUCAGUGCUCCUCUUUCAAGACUUGAUGGUGGUGCUGGUCUUCAUGCUCGUGCCGCUCCUGGCGGGUCCGGACAGUGGUAGUUUCACCGCCUUAGCUACGUCUUUGGCCAAGGCUGUGCUUAAAACCAUCGUGGGGAUCGUCGGGAUAAUCGGGAUCGGUCGUAUUGUCUUGCGACCGGUUUUCAACCGCGUCGCGAAGCUUCGUCAAGCCGAGCUCUUGAGCGCUACGACACUCUUCGUGGCGCUCGGUACGGCCCUUCUCACCCAGGCACUUGGCCUAUCAAUGGAACUUGGCGCAUUCUUGGCGGGUCUGCUCCUGGCCGAAACUGAGUUCCACUUGCAAGUCGAGAGCGACAUUGCGCCGUUCAGAGGUCUUCUCCUCGGUUUGUUCUUCAUGACCGUCGGCAUGACGAUAGACGCCGCGACCUUCAUCCAAAGCGCGGGUAGUAUUCUUGGAAUCACGGCAGCGCUCUUGAUAGGUAAGAUUGCCGUCAUGUGCCUCGCCGGUCCGCUAUUCGGUAUGUCGCUCGUGAACUCGUUGCGCGCGAGUAUGUACGUAGGACCCGGCGGAGAGUUUGCUUUCGUGACGUUUGCCGAGUCCGUGCGCGUGGGGUUGUUCAGUGCCACGCUCGCCACACAGCUGAAUCUCGCCGUCGUGUUGACGAUGGCGAUUACGCCGUAUCUUGCGGAGUUUGGCAACAAGCUCAAGGAUAUUAUCCCGCAAAAAACCGUGCAGAGCAUGCAACCGAAGGAGGAUGAAGUCGAUGACCUGAAGGGCCACGUCAUCAUCGCGGGAUUCGGACGCACCGGGAAAACCAUCGGCGAUAUUCUCAGCGCCAACAUGAUUCCGUUCGUCGCUCUCGAUGUCAACCCUGAAGUUGUUCGUGAUGGCCGCGCUGCCGAUAAGUCCGUCUUCUUCGGAGACGCAGGAUCACCGGAACUACUUAAGAAGGUUGGCGCCGACCGCGCGUCGUGUGCUAUCGUUGCUCUCAGUUCGCCCGCAGCUAACUACCGCGCGGUUUGGACGCUGAGUAAAAACUUUAGCAAUGUGCAAACGUACGUGAAGGCUGACGGUGUCGAGGGAGGAUUGAUUCUCGAGAAGGCUGGCGCGAAGGCUGUUGUGCCGGAAUCUUUAGAACCUUCUCUUCAGCUCGCUGCGGCGUGUCUGCGCGAAUCAAAGAUGUCUCCAAACGACAUCACUGUCGCAAUCGACACGUACAGACGCAAUCAGCUGAAGAUGUUGAAGAAGUCUCGUUCGAGAGGUUUUGCUGAUUAUAGCUCCGUCAAUUACGGCGGGGUCUCCGCGGAUCAAGUAAGUGUUGAUGAGGACGUGAGCGCGUGA